GCUGGCCAAGCCCCGGGCAGAGUAAUGACUAACUGGGCUUCCUCCGGGAGGGCGGAAACAGUUCAACUCCUGUGACAGCUGCAGUCAGUUAGGCGUGGUUUUCUCCUCUGACUCGGGCUGUGCAGAUCCCGGCCCGAGGGGCAGAGGAAGGACAGCCUCGCCGCCAGAGUCUUCCAGAUGGCCGAGCUGGACCUCAUGGGUCCAGGGCCACUGCCCGGGAUCAGCGCUCACCCUCUGGCCACUGUCAGCCCAGACUCUGGGUCGACCAGCCUGGCCGAAGAAGAGGACACGGGCUCCCUGGGGAGCCCCCAGGGGGAGCCAGAAGCACAGGACGGCGGCUCUGAAGGGCAGGGGGCUCCAGAUAGCGGCACUGCUGGGGAGGAAGAGGAGGAGGAGGAGGAGGUCCUGUGUGACUUCUGUCUUGGCACCUGCAGGGUGAAGGCGGUCAAGUCCUGCCUGACCUGCAUGGUGAACUAUUGUGAGGAGCACCUGCGGCCUCACCAGGAGAACAGCAAACUGCACAGCCACCAGCUGACCGAGCCCGUGAAGGACCGGGACCUGCGCACCUGCCCUGCCCACCGCAGCCCGCUGGUCGCCUUCUGCCGCCCCGAUGGGCAGUGCGUCUGCCAGGAGUGCGGCCAGGACGAGCACAGGGGCCACGCCUUGGUCUCCUUGGAUGCCGCCCGCAGGGACAAGGAGGCUGAACUUCGGGACACCCAGUUAGAGCUGGAACGGAAACUCAGGUUGAAUGAAAACGCCAUCGCCAGGCUCCAAUCCAACCACAAAUCCGUUUUGGUGUCAGUGUCGGAGGUGAAGGCGGUGGCCGAGGAGCAGUUUGGGGGGCUGCUUGCUGCCGUGAGGAAGGCCCAGACCGACGUGAUGCUCUUCUUGGAGGAGAAGGAGCAAGCAGCGCUGAGCCAGGCCAGCGGCAUCCGGACGCAUCUGGAGCACAGGAGCGCACAGAUGGAGAGGAGGAGGCAGGAGCUGGAGAGCAUCGCCUCCAUCAGUAACACCGUCCUCUUCCUGGAGGAGUACUGCAAGUUUAAGAACACUGAGGACGGUCCCUUCCCGAGUGUUUACAUAGGACUCAAGGAUAAGCUCUCGGGCAUCCGCAAGGUCAUCACAGACUCCACUGGUCACUUAAUCCAGUUGCUACAGAACUACAAGGUCCAGCUCCAGGAUUUCUCCAAGGAAGAGGAAUAUGAUAUCAGAACUCAAGUGUCUGCCGUGGUCCAGCGCAAGCACUGGACCUCGAAACCCGAGCCCAGCACCCGGCACCAGUUCCUCCAGUAUGCAUGUGACAUCUCGUUUGACCCGGACACGGCACACAGGUAUCUCCGGCUGCAGGAGGACAAUCGCAGGGUCACCAACACCACGCCCUGGGAGCAUCCCUACCCGGACCUCCCCAGCAGGUUCGUGCACUGGCGGCAGGUGCUGUCGCAGCAGAGCCUGUACCUGCACAGGUACUAUUUUGAGGUAGAGACCUCCGGGGCGGGCACCUAUGUUGGCCUCACCUGCGGAGGCAUCGACCGGAAGGGGGAUGAGCGCAACGGUUGCAUUUCUGGGAACGACUUCUCCUGGAGCCUCCACUGGAAUGGGAAGGAGUUCACAGCCUGGCACGGUGACACGGAGACCCCGCUCAAAGCCAGACCUUUCCGGAGGCUGGGGAUCUACGUCGACUUUCCGGGGGGGAUCCUGUCCUUCUACGGCGUGGAGUCUGACGCCAUGACUCUGGUUCACAAAUUUGAGUGCAAGUUUUCGGAGCCGGUCUACCCCGCCUUCUGGCUUUCCAAGAAGGAAAACUCCAUCCGGAUCAUGGAUCUGGGAGAGGAGCCCGAGAAGCCAAUGCCAACUUCAGUGCAGGCUGCUCCCUAGACUCCAGCCUCCAUCCCUCAGACUCUCACUGACCACAAAAGACAGGACAGCGGCUUGCGUCUUAAGGGUGGCCUGGGGAUGGAAAUCUCCACCAGAGGAGAAAGGUCUCUGGUUUCUCCCUCCUGCUCCCUGCUGUGCUGUUCUCUCUGUUUGCAGUAAUCCCUAAGCACCUGCCUCCUCUUUCUCACCUUCUAGUGAUAUUCUCCUGUCUGCUCAGGUGCCUAGAUUCAGUAGCUGGGAACCUUCAGAGUGAUCCCAAAAGAUUGCAGAGUAAUCAGAAUAGAUCGCAAGCUCUGUGUUGCACUUCUGGGUACCGUGUGGCCGUUAUGAACUCACUUAACCUUCACGGCAGCUCAUAUCCUCCUCUUUUGCAGAUGGGGAAACUGUGGUUCGGGCGGGGGU